AUGGGCCCAGAAGCAGAUGCCCCAGCCAUGAAGCUGAUCGGCCUCAUCGGCGGCAUGUCGUGGGAGUCGACGGCGCUCUACUACCGCAUCCUCAACGAGCAGGUCCGGCAGCGCCUGGGCGGCCUGCACUCGGCGCGCAUCGUGCUCUACAGCGUCGACUUCCACGAGAUCGAGGCGCUGCAGGCCUCGGGCGCGUGGGACGAGGCGGGCCGGCGGCUGGCCGACGCGGCGCGGGCCCUCGAGCGCGCCGGCGCCGACUUCCUCGUGCUCGCCACCAACACGAUGCACAAGGUCGCGCCGCAGAUGACGGCCGCCGUGCCGGGCACCCCGCUGCUGCACAUCGCCGACGCGACGGCGGCGCGCAUCAAGGAGGCCGGCCUGCGGAAGGUGGGCCUGCUGGCGACGCGCUUCACCAUGGAGCAGGACUUUUACCGCGGGCGGCUGGAGAGCCGGCACGGGAUAGCGGUCGUGACGCCGGACGAGGCCGACAGGACGCUUGUGCACGAGGUCAUCUACCACCAGCUGUGUCUGGGCGUCAUCGAUCCGGAGUCUCGAGCGCGGUACCGCGAGAUCAUGGCGAAAUUGGUGGAGGAGGGCGCCGAUGCAAUCAUACUAGGGUGUACCGAGAUCACGUUGCUGGUUGAUAGCAGCGACGCCACGGUGCCGCUUUUUGACACGACACUGAUCCACGCACAAGAUGCUGUGAAGCGAGCACUGUCUUGA